UCAAUCCUCGGCUGGUCGUCGAUGUAAAUAAAUUGCUUUGCAAUUAUURUAUCGGUUCUGAAUGAAGGAUUAAUAAAUGGGUAAAAAGACCAAGUCAGGAGUAGGUCAGAGUCUUGUAAAAGCAAGAGGCCGUGGAUCCAAGCAUGGAGAUAGUUGGCGACAUACAAGUGAGUUAAAUGAUGCAGUUGGGAGUCAAAGAUUAAACAUCAGCUCUAUCACAGAGCAAAGUGCUUUAGAUGACUUUUUGGCUACAGCACAACUUGCAGGAACUGAAUUCACAGCUGAAAAACUAAAUGUGACAGUUGUAACUGCAAGCCGCAAUGAAGGAAUUUUGACAGCAGAACAAGUAUCAAAUAUAAAACAAGCACAGGAAAAGAAUAAAGCGUCACUAAGAAUUCCUAGAAGACCUCCCUGGACAACCAAGAUGUCAGCGCAAGAGCUUGAUCUGAAGGAGAGGGAUACUUUUAUAGAAUGGAGAAGACAGUUAGCCAGCUUGCAAGAAGAAGACCACAUUAUUCUCACACCCUUUGAGAAAAAUAUUGAGUUUUGGAGGCAACUUUGGCGGGUGAUAGAAAGAAGUGAUGUAGUGGUUCAAAUUGUAGAUGCAAGGGAUCCUUUGCUUUUUAGAUGUGAAGACUUGGAAGCGUAUGUCAAAGAAGUUGAUCCUAAAAAAGAAAAUUUGUUGCUAAUCAACAAAGCUGAUUAUCUCACUCCUUUUCAAAGAUCCACAUGGGCUGAAUAUUUCAAAGAUGAAGGAAUAGCAGUUGCAUUCUGGUCAGCACUUGAUGAGACAGAAAGGCUUCAAAAGGAAAGUAAAGAUGGCGAUGAAGAGGUCUCKGWUGAAAAAGAACCUAGUGUUGAUGACGACGAUGAUACCRAUGAACUUAAUGAAGAAGACAGCUCGCUUAUUACUUCUCGCUUUGCUGAACUCUCMACAGAAGAGAAACAACUCAAUGCUAACACAGCAAAAAMCCAAGAAAUACUMAARCCCCACARCGUGGAGGGAAGUCAAGAAAUAGGUGAAAGCAUACCAACAGAUUCGAGUAAUAUUACUGCUAGUAACAGUGAAAAUGUWACCGAAAACAAACAAGCCGACAUGGUUAAAGAAAAACUAAGAACUGACGAAAACGAACAUGAAUCUUUAUUGGUCAACGAAAAUAACCACAGCAAUUUAGAAUUCUCAGGGAAAUUAUUAAGUAGUGACGAACUGAUAAGAUUAUGUCAAAAUCUCCACCAUAGAAAUGACUCAACACACACAACUAUUGGAAUGGUUGGAUAUCCUAAUGUUGGGAAAAGUUCUACUAUUAACGCGAUUCUACAGCACAAGAAAGUAUCGGUUUCCUCAACUCCAGGAAAAACCAAGCAUUUCCAGACUUUACACCUGGACAAKGAUGUAUGUCUGUGUGACUGUCCAGGUCUUGUAUUCCUAUCAUUUGUUUCAACAAAGGCUGAAAUGGUUGUUAGUGGUAUUUUACCAAUAGAUCAAAUGAGAGACCACCUACCGCCCGUUACUUUGGUAUGUCAGCGGAUACCGCGUGAGGUUCUGGAGCUUGUUUAUGGAAUCAACAUAGCGAAACCARAAGAAGGUGACGAUCCUGACCGGGCUCCCUUUGCCCAUGAAUUACUAGAUGCUUAUGGGUAUAUGCGCGGUUUCAUGACAUCACAUGGUACUCCCGAUGGUCCUCGUUCGUCUAGAUAUAUACUAAAAGACUACGUCAAGGGCAAAAUACUUUACUGCUCACCUCCCCCUGGUGUCAAUUCUGUUGAGUUUCAAAGUGGCCGCUUUGCUACUGGAAGAUUUGAGAAUAUCGAGGAGGYUUUAGAAAAACGGCGGAUUGAGGCAGAAAAGCAUAAAGGGAAYAAGACAGCAAUAAGUUCCGUCGACGCCGAGUUUUUCGCAAAGAAAGAAGUUCGUCAUUUUGUUAAGGGGACACCAGUGAUGUUACCAGGGCAACCAGUGGAUGAGACAUCGGAGGGAAUGGUUUACAAGCCAUGGAAGAAACACAAUAACAAAAACAAACGAGAGAAACUAAGACGACUGGAGAAGAAAUCACGAUAGCACAGAUUUUCUGAUUAUUAAGUCGUCAAUAAUAUGCGUCUAUUUCUGCAGAAAAAAACCCGGCUUAUGAGGACUGUUUUAACGUGGGAAAAAUAGCAACAAUAACUCCCAUCAUCCUUUGUUGAACUUAAU